AUGGAUUUCUCAAUGCUUUUCCCUGAAACUCAUGUGAAUACCAGCAACCCAAGCACAACCAAAGAAAUACAUAAGACUUUAGACGCGGUGGCUAGAAAAGGUUUUUUUGAAUUCGCCUUUUCUUCGCUUGAGGAUGUUCAAAGGGUAAGGUCUGUUAAUGCCUGGUCGCUUCCUAAUGGCAUACUCAAACUGUUUCCUUGGACAAAGAAUUUUAUUCCUUCUACGUUGAAACAAACUUCUGCUCAGGUCUGGAUCAGGAUUCAUGGGUUGUCCCAAGAGUAUUGGAGACCAAGAAUCCUGUUUGCAAUUGCAAGUAGUAUCGGCACACCGAUAUGUAUUGAUUCAGCCUCAAAUAAAUCAGCAUUUGACAGGCCUUUUGGGCAUUUUGUCCGUAUAUUGGUUGAUUUAGAUCUUACAAAGGAUCUUAGCUACAAGAUUUUAGUUGAAAGGGUCGGGUUUGCCUUUUUCGUGGAUAUAGAGUAUGAGAAAAUACCGGAUUUCUGCAUACAUUGCAAUAACAUUGGGCAUGCAAUCUCCAACUGCAAAAGGAAAGAGCAAGCUAAUGGUAAAGGUGAAACAUCUAAUGCUAAUAGAGACUCUAUACAUGUUGAGGACAAUGCUGCAGAGAAAGAGGUUCACAAUAAAAAAGAUCCAAUGGUUAACACUGAGAAAACAGGUACAGGUCUUGAUGAUGGAAUUCUCAAUGAAAACUGUAAUGAAGUGAUUGUGGUCCCUUCAACAGAUAAUACUGUGGAAGCUGAAGGCUCAUCUGAAAGUGAGUAUGUUGAUGCCACACAGCUUGUUAAUUUUGUGCCUGAAACUCAACUUGAUGAAAUACAUAAAGAACAAGUAACUGAUUUCUUGAAGGAAUCAUGGGAUAAUAUGGCUGAGGCAGAGGAUCCUGGUGUUGACUUGUUUCAGCUUAAGGAUUUCCAAUUGGUCACAAGCAAAAAAAGAAGGAACAAAAGGAGUGUCACUACAAACAAUACCAGGCUUUUGGCUGGUCCUAAAAAUCUUUCUUUAUGA